AUACCCAAGUAGCCGCCCAAUUACAAUUACUUAUUUAAUUAAUGAUGCCCUGCACCUGUAGUAUAUAUAAUAAAUUAAAGUGGGAGUGAUGUUGUAGGGUUGGUGGCAAUGAGGAAGGUACACCCUGGUGCAUGUGUGAGUGAGACAGCGUGGGAGAGGUCAAACAGUGGUGUUGGUGGUGGUGGUGAUGGUGGUGAUGCGGUGGUUCUCACAGUGUGGAAGAAGUCUCUCCUCCCAAACUGCCAUGGAUUCACCGUUUUCGACACUAACAGAGGGAAUCUGGUGUUCAGGGUGGAUAACUACAUUGCAGGGAACAAGGAUCAUAUACUUCUCAUGGACGCUGCAGGCACACCACUCAUCACCAUCCGCCGCAAGAGGCUGAGCUUGGGAGACACCUGGCUGGUGUUUAAAGGAGAGGAUGAGUCUCUGAAGCCACUUUUUACAGCGAGGAAGAACGUGAGCAUCCUGAACAACAGCAACAACAAGUGUUUGGCACAGCUCCUGAGCUCCUCGGGAACAGGAAAUAUGAAGAAGGAAGUUGCAUAUGAGAUAGAGGGGUGCUACGCCCGGCGUUGCUGCACGUUUUACAGCAAGAACAGAAGUAAAGUUGCAGAGAUAAAGAUGAAAGAAGGUGAGGCAGGAAGGGUAGCUUUUGGCGCAGACAUCUUCCGUCUCAUUGUACAGCCUGAGAUGGACACCGCUCUCGCCAUGGCCUUUCUCAUCCUCCUUGAUCACAUGUUUCGAUCCCGUUGACUUCACAACUUCAUAGGUUAAAUUCAUGCAUCAAGUCAAUCACUAUUAUCCCCUCCUGCUUGGCUUUUCAUUUUAUACAAAAUCCCAAGCUUUAUCAGAUUACCGUGUAAAUGCAUGCAUAUCAUUUUAUCCUCAAAAAGUAAUACAACCUUUUAAUGUAGUAAGUUCCUUGAA